UGCAGUCCUACUAGUUUGGCAAGUUCUCUGGUCUGAAAGCAGCGUAGAAAGGCGGAGAAGAGGGCAGAAACUCAAAUUUGGGCACAUUUGUACACUUCUCUUGUCCUGUAGACGUUAUACGUGUGAGGAGUCAUGGAGGCGGCCAUUCAGACAGUGGUGAAGGUCUUCCUGAAGUCGGCCAAGGGGAAGGAAAGUCUAGGAGGAAAAGACUUCCAGAGGCUUGUGGAGAGCCAGCUCAGCAACAUCCUGACGGAUACAGACAGCAAGAAGGCAGUCAACGAGAUGCGCGAGGGCCUGGACGCCAACCAGGACGGCAAGGUUGGCUUCGAGGAGUACAUGAAGCUGGUCGGUUAUCUUGCAACCUCGCUCAGCCAGCAGCGCAUGCUCAACAACGAGGAGACCCAAAAGCCUGUGGCCGAACCAGGGGCAGAGAGCGCCCCGGCCCCGGAGAACGCGGAGGCAAAACCGGAGGCAAAAGCAGAAGCCAAGGCAGAGGAGGUGACGCAGCCCGAGGCAGCCGAGGAGAAGCCAGCAGCAGCGCCAGUGGUGGCAGCAGAGGCGACACCAGCACCAGCAGAACCAGCGGCGCCCGCAGAACCAGCAGCUGCGGCGGUGGCAGCGGCAGAGGAAGUGAAAGAAGUGGUUAAAGAAGAGGCGAAAGAGGAGGUGAAAGUGGAGGAAGCAGAAAAAGCGGAGGAUGCGAAUGAGAAGCCGGCUGCAGCCGCUGAGGAAGAGGAGGAGAAGAAGCCGGAGGAGGCGACCUCAUAGGGGACAAUACAUUCCUUCACCCACAUCACACUACAGGCUCUCGUGCAACACUACACACAGCACAGCAUAAACAAUGCCAAAAUAAGUCAGUAAACCACUAAAACGGUCUUUUUUUUCCAGUGCACACAGUUUAGAAAUAAAAUACGUUCAACGCCAAACACUACAAACCCAGCUCCAGAUUAAACUCUCACUCUUCCUAUUUGAUAAAUACAUGUACAUGAUACUCGAAUAAUUCCAUUCUACCAGUACUUACCACUGUGUUAAUGUGUAUGUAUGUCCCACUAUGUAGCACACUUACCUCACUGAUAUACUAUGAGAGCAUGCAGACAUUGAUUAUUGUGUGCAUGCAAUAUCCCUGUGAAACCGUCAGAAAGCAUCCCUGUAUCCCUGUAUGACACCACAUCCCUGCUGCACCACAGCCACACAUGCGACCACUGUGUCACUGAACACGAUGUAAUGCACCACUGCAGCAAGGCCCCCCUGGUUUACACCCCUUCCCCUCCAGAUUUUUUUUUUUUCUCCAUCUGGGUCUGUCACUCGAUGUCUUGCUGUAUCAUGCAAUCCCUCUCUGCUUAUUAUACAUUUCAUUGUAUGCACCUAGGUCAGGCCUCACUGGAUCAUUGUUAAAACAUUGGUUGGCAUGGCAUUAUACACCUAGCUUUGCAUGAAAAUCUGUCAAUAAUGCUUUCUCCACGUUACACCCCCCCACUUUCCCCUCCACCCUCACGUUGAUGUGGAGCUGAUUUGGCGUGACAAUAAACAAAUUGUUUUGCUGAAGCACUGAGUUACUUCAGCUCUUCUUAAUAGUAUACUUUAUAUCCCCCCUCUCCCUUUUUGUCUAGUCCACUCUGGUCUCUCUCUCUCUCUCUCUCUCUCUCUCUCUCUCUCUCUCUCUCUCUCUCUCUCUCUGCCUUCCUCUCUCUUUUUCUCUGUAGUUCCCAGGAAGGUUCAGAUCAUCUGGAGGCUAUAUGCUCUACAGUCUUAGUCAACCAUGGAUUAGGAGAUGGAGGAUCAGGUGUGGCCUGUCCUAAUAAUGGCCCAUGGCUAAAUAAUUAAGGGCCCAGGAUGGAAUCCACACCAGAGGACCCUUAUGGUCACAUGAGAGCCCAAAAUAGUCCCAUGGGAGUGGGCUGGUGACCGGGGAAGCAGGCCAGGGAAGUUCUCCAUGGAUGGAUGGAUUAAAAUUGAUAGGAAAGAACAAGAAAACUCCAUCAAGAAACUCACAGCAGAUCUUACUUGGUGGACGCUGUUAUCUCAAGUGUUUUACAGUGCCGUGCAUGCGUAAUUCUCAUUGGUGGCCCCAGCGGGAUCUAUCCUUGAUCUCCCAAGCAGUGGCACUGUAACGGUCAUGUUCUACCUGUUUACCUACACAGGAGCUGGACAAGACAGUAUCUAAAGUGACCCAUGGUAACGCUGGAUAGGGGGAGUGACACGAAAAGGUCUCAGUAGAAACUUGACCCUUGUUUUGGUGGCUCUUAAAGCUGUUAGUUGCUUGUUUUCCUCUGGUUGUGACGCCAGUUGGUCAGGCUUGCGUGUUUGGUUUAUAGUCACACCCUUGUAUAGUUGGGAGACCCUGUUUGACCUGCAACUGGAUCCCUCUGUCCCCGGCAUUAGGAAACGACUGGAUUAGGCAUUUGAAGGGGAACACACCCUAGGACACAAUUACUUGAAAGCGGUACUGGGCUGCAGUGAUCCUGCUCAUUUUGGUUGUAGUCUUCCAGAAUACUGAGCCAUCAGUCAUGAAUCUGUGUGGUGUGGUUUUUACCAGCAUGCCAUUGCAUAAGAUAUGGCAUGCUACAAGUAAUUGAUCUAACAGAUAUUACCAUUGUAUUAACAUUAUAGAGGCCUCUGUUCAAGCUCGACAGAUCUUGACUUAGUGCUGGCGUUUUGUAUUUAACUUUUUCUUAAUUGGACCACUAUAGAGAUUACUUGAAGUUUCAGGGAAACAUAACUAUUUGUCACAUUAUAUGCAAACAAUUUGUUGAUUAAAAUUGAAUGAUUUGUAAAUUGUCUCAUCAUCAAUAAUGCAGCCAUGAGAAAAAAGGUUCAUGUUGCAUGCCUGCUACGUAGUACCAGGCCUGUGACAUAGAACUUAAGGCACAUUUUGGGCACAGCACCAAAAUUGCACCUUAUGCAUUGUUACAGCACCUGGCACUUCAAACUCCUCAGCAGCAAAUGGGCAAGAUAAACCUGAGUCAUGUGGCCACCCUGCCUCACUGCGGCACUCCCAUUGUAAAUACUCUCAUCGACGCUCCACUCAGCUUUCAGCACACAGUAUACUCGUAGUAGUGGCAUUCCUUGCAUGAUCUAUUGUUACUAACACACAAUAGAGCUCCAUUGGACAAUUUUUAAUAAUUUAGAGUAUAUUGUUAUUCCAUUUAAUUCUUUUUAUUAACUGCCAUAUCCUUUUUAAUACCUUUUUUAUACGUUCUUUUCUUAUCAUGGUACUUCCUGUGAAAAACAUAUCACUCUCUUGCACCAUCUACAGCCAGCCUCCUGCUUGCUAUGUACAUAGGCCUCAGGCUUUUGCGUCUUAUAUACACUGGCAAGCUGCAUACCUUAUUAUUUUCCCCAAUAUGCUAGGCAUGCUUAAACACAUUGCAACCUUUGUAACCUUUCUCCACAUUAGGCUAACAAAUCUGUAAUGUGAUCUUUGCAUCUCACAUAGUUUCCUGGUUCCAGGAAACUAGAAACUGGACUGAUCAAAAUUCACCUUAUUGACCUGCAUUAAAAUUACUUUACUCGCACUGCCAAGUGAUUCCUGGAUUUAUACUGAAUAGAACUUAGUGAAACAGUAUUUGCAAAUACAUUUGCCACAGUUAAUAAUUUUUUUUUAACCUACUUGGAAUGGCAGAUGGACAGAGUGGCAGAUAAGUUGUCAGUCACAGAAAAGUCAACUAAGUUUACUUUCAAAAAGGGAAAUUUCUGGCACAUAAUUUAAGCCUCCUGUCUUAUGUCGCAGAUUCUACCCAUCUUGUGCUACAAGCAGGUAAAAAACUGCUGGUGCUAAAAGCAGCAAAUUGCAACAGGGAAUAUUUGCACCAGCAUACCUCUGCCACACAACAGUCUGAUUCAUUAUAGACACUAAAUAAAGGUACAAGCCUGUGUUGUGAAUGCUCCCAGUGAAUAUAAAUGUGUACAUACUGUACAUGUAUGUGUGCAUAGUGGUCAAGGCUCAUUUGGCCAAAAUGUCUCUGUGAUUAAUUAUCGAUGGGUGCAUUCCUAAUACAUUGUGCAGGCUUUUAUCUUUAUCUAUGAAUUGAUUCAUUUUGCCAAGCAAUGUAAAAUGUGUGUGUGUUUAGCGAUUUGGCUCAUUUCUACCCACUGUCACGUCCAGCAAAACCCACUAUGCCAAUGUUUUACCGCGAAUCUUUAACGCUGUAUCAUUUUUGCUUAAUCUGUGUAACAAAUGUAAUGGCUAAUAAUAAAUAAAACUGUGACAAUAA